UACAGCACACGUAUUUCAUUUCAGUGGUCGUGAUUUGGGGGGAUUUGUUGAAGGCAACCAGGAUAACAAAUUCAUUCAAAUCGGAAACAUUAAGUUCGAGGAAGAUGCAGGAUGACGCGCGCUACCUCAAACGCAAAGUGACUGCGGGCAGCUUGGAUGUACAUCCCACAGAAAAGGCUCUCGUGGUCCACUAUGAGGUGGAAGCAUCUAUACUGGGAGAGAGUGGCGAUCAUAUGGUGGGGGAACGUAAGGAGGGACAAAAAAUUAUUCGUGUGAAAAGUCUCUCUCCUAGUACAGAUGUGGGAGCUUUGGCCAAGAAAGUGGUUGAGGAGUGUAAACUCAUCCCUCAUUCACGUUUGCCCCAAGUGGAGCAGCUCCUGUACUACCUGCAGAACAGGAAGUCAUCCCCGGUAGAGGGCAAAGUGGAGAAGAAAGAGAAAAGAAGUGUGAAACCCAGAGAGCUGACACCGUUUGAAGGAAUGGAGUUAAAUGAAGAGGCCAGUGUAACCAGAGUGGACGAGUAUAUCGAGCUGCUCUAUGAGGGCAUCCCAGAGAAGAUCAGAGGCGCAGCUCUCAUCCUGCAGCUCGCUCGCAACCCUGAUAACCUGGAGGAGCUGCUGCACAACGAGGCAGCUCUAGGUGCUCUAGCCAGAGUUUUAAGGGAAGACUGGAAACAGAGUGUGGAGUUGGCGACUAUCAUCAUUUACAUCUUCUUCUGCUUCUCCAGCUUCUCCCAGUUUCAUGGAGUGGUGAGCCAUUAUAAAAUAGGUGCGUUGUGUAUGAGUGUGGUGGAGCACGAGCUGAAGAGACAUGACGUGUGGCGUGAGGAGCUACGUAAGAAGAACAAGGCUUAUGAGUCUGCACCAGAGAACGGCUCUCUAAGAAGAGACCAGGACAAAGCUAUGAGGAAAUACCAGGGACUUCUGGCUAAACAGGAGCAGCUGCUCAGAGUGUCUCUUUACCUCUUGUUGAACCUCGCCGAGGACACGAGGACGGAGCUGAAGAUGAGGAAUAAAAACAUCGUCGGCCUGCUGGUCAAAGUUCUCGAGCGGGACGACGAGGAGCUGCUGGUGCUGGUGGUUUCAUUCCUCAAGAAACUGUCCAUCUUCCUGGAGAACAAGAACGACAUGGCUGAGGUGGAUACUGUAGAGCAGCUGGCUCGCCUGGUUCCCUGUGAGCAUGAAGAUCUGCUCAACCUGACUCUGCGUCUGCUGCUCAACCUCUCCUUCGACUCCGGGCUCCGAGCUAAGAUGGUGGAAGUUGGACUGUUGCCUAAACUGACUGCCUUGCUGGGCGAUGAGAACAACCGUCAGGUGGUGAUGAGGAUCCUCUAUCACAUCAGCAUAGACGACCGUUUCAAGGGCAUGUUUGUUUACACUGACUGCAUACCUCAGCUUAUGCAAAUGCUGUAUCAUCACGGCGAGGAGGAAAUUGAAGCUGAGCUCAUCUCCAUCUGCAUCAACCUGGCGGCUAACAAGAGGAACGCACAACUGAUGUGUGAAGGAAAUGGACUGAAGAUGCUCAUGAAGAGAGCUCUGAAGAUGAAAGAUUGUCUUCUGAUGAAAAUGAUCAGAAACAUCUCACAACAUGACGGACCAAUCAAACCACUCUUCAUCGACUAUGUUGGUGACCUGGCAGCUGAGAUCCGUGCAGAGGAAGAGGAGGAGUGGGUUCUGGAGUGUCUGGGUACUCUGGCCAACCUCACCAUCCCUGACCUGGACUGGGAGUUGGUGCUGAAGGAGUACAACCUGGUACCCUACCUCAAAGACAGACUCAAACCAGGCUCAGCAGAGGAUGACCUCAUCCUAGAGGUGGUGAUAAUGAUCGGAACAGUUUCCAUGGAUGAUGCCUGUGCCGCCAUGUUGGCCAAAUCUGGCAUAAUUCCUGCCCUGAUUGAGCUUCUGAAUGCCCAGCAGGAGGACGAUGAGUUUGUGUGUCAGAUUGUCUACGUCUUCUAUCAGAUGGUGUUUCACCAAGCAACACGAGAUGUCAUCAUCAAAGACACCCAAGCUCCGGCCUACCUGAUAGACCUGAUGCACGAUAAGAACGCAGAGAUCAGAAAAGUGUGCGACAACACCCUCGAUAUUAUUGCUGAGUACGAUGAGGAGUGGGGGAGGAAGAUUCAGUCAGAGAAGUUCCGUUUCCAUAACAACCAGUGGCUGGAGAUGGUCGAGAGUCGCCAGGCCGACGAGUCUGAACCGUAUCUGUAUGAUAACGACAACGACAGGACUGAUCUGUUCUACAGCGCAGAUGGAAUAACUCCAGGAGACGGUUCAGUCAGUCCAGAUUUCUUCGGUGACCUUCAGGCUCAGAACGGAGACUUGCACCACACAGGCGAUGGCAACGAUGUCUUCGACCAGACCAGCUCGUCACCUGGACGACCAGCGACCGCCUACGGCUUCAGACCUGACGAACAACCCUUCUAUCAGUACUCAUAGACACACAAACACACACACACACACAUGCCUGGUUUGUUAAACACUUGAGGACGUCCUGUCAUUUUCAAUCCAUUCCACACUGUUACAUCUGCAGCGUGACUUUACGUCGUCUCGACUUAAGGCGUCACACUGGUGUAGUUACUGAGUCGGUGGUCAUUAACGCUGAAACGCAUUAGUGAUAAGGACUGACACACACUCACACUGCAGAUGUUUAACUAGUAAUUAAAUAACCUGCAGUUCAGCUUUCAUUCAGUCACUAUUAUGUUAAACAGACGCGUAGUUGAGUCUUCCAUACCCGCUGGCUGCAGUCUCCUGUUGAGUGAGUGGGUCAGUAAAUCAUUUCAAGAAUGUCAACAUUUCUAACAAUAUAUGUUGAUCCAUUUUUGCAUGUUUUUUUCUAUAUAAUAAUGCAUAUUUGUUGCCUUUUCAAAUCCACUGAAAAAACCAGUCAGGUGUGUUGUUACAUUCUGAUGAAGGAUCAUGUCAUCGUGUUAACCUUGUUAAAGUUUUAAUCGUUUUUAUGAACAUGCACUACAAUGUACAUAGCUUUCUUUUGUGUAUCUCACCACUAAAAACAGCACACACAUUGUAGUUAAUGAUUCUUAUAGUUUAGGUUAACACACCUGCAUGCAGACUAAGCUGUACUAGGGUCUGCCUGUGUCAGGUGGAAUCAGACUAGUUUCAGUGAGUGCCAUCUUUAUUACCACGAGAAGAAAAUCAUCAUUAGUGACAAUUGAAAAAGAUUAGUGACAUUUACUCAUGUAUCAGCUCACAGUACCGGACACUAUUUUUCUGCUAUUAAUCUUUGUAUUGAUUAAUAGGAGGAGAUCAGGGAGUUCAGCUUCCUUGAAUGAACUGGCUUCAGUCUAUUAAAUAUAGAAGAAAGGCUGAAUUUGCAAAAAUAGCCACAAUCCACAGUGGCCCAGCUCUAGUUUCCUCAUUUCAGUUUAAAACCUCAUUGAGUGCAUCUAAAUUCUUCACAAUGCAUACUAAUAAUAUGCCAGUUUAAUCAUGAUAACCAAGUUUUAACCAUCUUACACGUUGGAUGAACACUAUUUAAUAUUCAGUACAUUUAAUCAGCUGGGACCUACUGUUUCUACAUGCAGGUAGGAGGAGAGGCCAGAGCCUGUUUUGAUAUAAUGAGCAUCAUGAACAUAGUAUUUAUUAAGCACUACAUUGCUCAUAAUGUUUUUGGGUCGUCGGAUCAGAGAACCUGGUGUGAUUCAAUGUUUCAGGCUGUCUUGAGUCUUGCCAGUGUCCUGCAGAAUGUACUGCUACUGUCACUUUGACACUGUGCUUAGAGCUGUGGAGGGUUAUCACAAGAAGAAUUAGUACACUAACAUUCAAAACACACCCAGGACUGUGAUGAUAUACUGACCAAUUAAAAACCAGGAAUGGAUCGGACAAUGUGGACAGUGGAAAUGAAAAUACUCCAUCUUGCCCUACAAAUAAAAGUUUCCUUGAGUCACUCACUGCUAGACAACAAGGUAACUCACCCGUCUGUAUAUAUGAAUGUGAACCAGAGCAGCAUAAAGACACUUCUCAGAACAGAAAUGUAUUGUGCCAUUGACCAAACUACAUUCAUUUUAAUGAAGAGAAGAGGUCACAUACUGUAUUUGCAGGACACUGACAGUUACCUAAAUGCUGUAUUACUUUUAGGCAUAUUUGCACACAUAGUCAAGUUUUUGAUGCAUGUUUAUGUUUUAUAUUAUAAGUUAUUGUUAAUGUAUGUACAUUGUGUUUUUUUUAUUAUAUUAGUUGAGUUUAUUGCUACUUAACAAGACACUGUAAACAGAAUCAAGUACUGGACUAUAGAUACACUCCAUCUCUCACUGUCUUUCAUCCUCAGGUUCUUUAAUAAAAACAUUUCAUAUGACACUCGACUGUUUUAAUAUCAGACUUCUUGGAUAUUAUAUAGGCACCUUGUGGAGUUUUCUUGUAAAUAGAAGAGGUUUGGUUUACGUUCACUUUAAAAAAAAAUAAAAAAUCAAAGCCUGCACCUGUUGGGCCUGUCAAAUACUAUAAAUGUUCUAUUGGUUUGGUCUAUUGACAAUAUUUUAGUAUGAGCUAACUGGAAUUCAUCAUAUAAAACUUUUUUUUCCCAGAAAGACAGAGUAUAAAGUGUCAUAAUUACCCUCCAAAAAGUGACAUCAUUAAACGGACAUUGCCACAUCUCAUUACAAUGUUACUGCUAUUAACUGUUGGAUCGGUGGAACAGUAUGAAAUCACGGCAGAAAUGUGUAUUGCAUCACCUGUGUCCUCGAGCAUGAAGGACCCUCUUAUAAAAACAGUGAUCCAUACUUGGUAUUGCUAGUGGUGAAACACUUCUUAAGGUUCUAUACCUUUAAA